AUGCGUACAGGGCCCCUGGGAAGUUUUCUCGAUGAGCUUGACACCCUACUCAGCUCGUUCCCCAAGGACGGCACACUGCAGAUCCUCCUGGGAGAGUUCAACAUCCACCUGGACGCCUCCCACACACUGCUCCCACCAUCUCAGACCUCCCUCAAUGCUGAUGACUUUGCAGUGUUCUUCGAUGAAAAGAUUGCAGACAUCCACAGCACCUUCACGACCUCCACUGCCCCCUCUACCUGCCUCCUCACUGUCCCUGCUUCCCUCUCUGAGUCUCUACCAGUAUCUCCGCCUGAUGAGACACAUCCAGAGCUAGAUGGACAACCACCAUCUAAAACUCAACCCAGGGGACACUUCAGUGACCUCAUCUCCCACUGCAAGGAACCUCCAUGGAGGUUCUUCCUGUUCAACAUCCGGAGAAACCGCCCCUUCCUCAGCGCCCACUCAACUCAGCUCCUUGUUCAAGCAAUGGUCCUGUCCCGCCUGGACUCCUGCAACUCUCUGCUGGCUGGCCUUCUGUCAGUUUUUUCUAAUGUUUUUUUGAUGCUGGUUAUCUAUUUUGAUUCCAGCCUACACAAACCCAUGUACAUUUUUCUGUUUAACUUGGCAGUAAAUGGACUGAUAGGAAGCUCUGCUGUCUGGCCAAAGAUUAUGGAAAACCUUCUCUCAGACAGUCAAAUGGUCUCUUUUGCAGCUUGUCUAGUUCAGGUGUUUUUUGUUAAUUUCUAUGCAACUUCUGCAUAUAGCACCUUAACAGCGAUGGCCUACGACCGAUACAUCUCCAUUUGCAAGCCUUUGCAGUACCACACCAUCAUGACCCCCAGUAAAGUAAAAACACUGUUGACCAUGGCUAACACUGUCCCUCUCUUCUGUACAUCUGUUCAAGUCAACCUGACUUCUAAAUUGCAACUAUGCAAGUUCUCCAUUCACAAACUGUUCUGUGACAACCUGGCAGUCCUUAACCUCUCCUGUGUGAGAAGUGCUCUUGUUAAUCUGUAUGCCGCAUUUGGUACUACAAUCUUAAUAGUUUUCCCUUUUAUUAUUGUGCUGGUCUCAUAUGCAAAGAUCCUCACUGUCAGUCUGAAAGCCUCAAAAGAUGCACAAAAGAAAGCACUCAGCACAUGUUCUCCUCAUUUAAUCACCUUCAUGAAUUUUUCUCUAGCUAUUUUCUUUUCUGUGAUUUAUAACCGAAUAAACGUUUACCUCCCAGGAGAUAUUAAUAUAUUCAUGACCGUACAUUUCAUUUUGACUCCUCCUCUCCUGAAUCCAAUCAUAUAUGGGAUCAGAACAAAGGAAAUCAGGAAGUGUGUUUUGAAAUUAUUGGGGAAAACAAGAGACUCAGAUUUCAGAUCCCAAAUGCAGCCAGCUAUUAUCCAUAGAGGUGUUUGA